AGAAAUGAAAAUACAUGCAAUCAUAGUUGCUAUACAUGCAAACCACAGUGAUUUAGAAAUUAGCAACUUUCUAAAUGUUGCAAGAUCAUUUGUACACAAAGUUCGAUUGGAAUUGGAGGCAUGUGAUGGCAACGUUUCAUCUAUAUAAAAAAGGAAAAAUAUAUUCACAACCCUCGGACACUAAAAGGACACCGAAAUUUAUGCUACAUGUUCAAAACAUUAUCAAUGAAAACCCCAGAAGAUCAAUGAGGUCCAUUGCUAAAGAACUUCGGAGUCAGAGUGAACUAUCAGAACUAUGGGUGGUUAACGUUUCCAGUGACUCCGGUGAAAUGGCACUUCAGAGAUGUUCAAAAGACCUGAGAGAAAAAUUCACUUCUAAUGCCUUGACUAUGCCUCAGCUGGUAAAUUUGAUGGCUCAGUUCGUAACUGAUAUGAAAAAUGGCGAUUAUAAAGCAAAGGGUUGGCCUUCAUUUUUUCAUACUAUAUACGGUGUUUCUAAGAUUGGAGUAACUACCAUGUCCAUAAUUCAGCAGAAAGUUCUUGACAGUGAAGGCAAAGAAGACAUUGUUGUCAAUGCAUGCUGUCCUGGUUAUGUUGCCACUGAUAUGACUCGUUACCUAGGAUACAAAACUAUUGAGGAAGGUGCUGACACUCCAGUCUAUCUUGCUUUACUGCCUCCAAAUGUUAAAGAGCCUCGCGGUCAGUUUGUAGUGGAUCGUCAAAUCCGUGAAUGGAAAUAAACAUGACAUACAUAAAUGAAUAAGGAUAUUUUGUUCUGUUGAAACUAAAGAAAAAUAAUUAUCUUUAAAUGAGAAAACUUUGAAAAGUUAAUUAUCUGCUGUAACUCAAUAAAUAAUUUCAAUAUAAUUGAAUCUAUAUUUUAGAA